AUGGGUGCAGGUAAUAGCAGUGGUCCCGUUGCCGAUUAUGGGUACGGCCCUACAAAUGGUCCUCACACGUGGUGUUUGACUGCUAAACACGCUGCUGGAGGAAAACAAUCUCCAGUGAACAUUGUAACAGACAAAUGUGAGGAAAAACUCGAUUUUCCUGAACUUUUAAUGAAACCUUUGGAAUCCGGUCUGCAAGAAAUCAAAAAGGGGAAGCACAAUUUUAGUAUCACGUUUCCGCAAGAAAAAAAACAUUGUAUAUUUUCCCGUGCAUUAGGUGCGUGUGUAGAAGGCGGACCUUUACGAGAACGGUAUAUUCUGCAACAAUUUCAUUUUCACUGGGGACAUGAAAGCAAAUGGGGUUCGGAGCAUCAUAUAGACGGCUUCAGCCAUUCCGCUGAAAUGCAUUUAGUAUUUCUUGCCGAACGUUACUCUGACCAGAAGGAAGCACUCGAGGACCCUGAGGGGCUUUGCGUAGUUGGAGUCUUCCUUCGUGCCGGAGCCAAAGAAAACGUUGGUUUCCAACCCCUGGUGACAGCUGUAGAAAAAGCGAAAACUGACAGCGAAUGUGUCCUGGACACGCCAAUUGAUAUCUUUGCAAUCUUACCAAAUUUGUCUCGGUACUACACCUACGAAGGAUCACUGACAACACCACCGUGUUCCGAAUGCGUCCGCUGGAUUAUUUGUGCCGAUCCUGUAGAAAUUUCGGACACACAGGAUGUUGCCGAUGGAGGUGAUGAGAAAGAGGAGUACGACGAGCACAUGCGCUACACCUCCAAAUCGACGUCUGAUGAACUGAGGGAAACUUUUGACACCCGGCGCCUCGGUCCGCAUCUCCAGCAGAAAGAUCGCGAACAUGGCAGAGGCGAAGGCCCUAGCAACGGCGUCAAUGAUGGGUCCGGCAAUCCCAUUCUUGAUUCACAUAAGAUAGUCAAAGAUCAAAUACAGUCGCAAGGGAUUGUUACGAGAAUUUGCAGUCUUUACGUCCUCUUUCUGAAUACAAAGACUGUAAACAUCACAACAGAUGAGUUCUACAAAGUACUGGAGAAGCAUAUUAAUGUGGUGAUGCGAAUAUGUACUCCCUGCUUUUUCUCUGGGUAA